CGGCCAGCCUCCCCAGCUCAGCCCUGCCCGAGCCCCUAGCCAUGAACCUCUUCCGAUUCCUGGGAGACCUCUCCCACCUCCUGGCCAUCAUCUUGCUACUGCUCAAAAUCUGGAAGUCCCGAUCGUGUGCGGGCAUUUCGGGGAAGAGCCAGGUCCUGUUUGCUGUGGUGUUUACUGCCCGCUACCUGGACCUGUUCACCAACUACAUCUCUCUCUACAACACCUGCAUGAAGGUGGUCUACAUAGCUUGUUCCUUUACCACGGUGUGGAUGAUCUACAGCAAGUUCAAAGCGACUUACGAUGGGAACCACGACACCUUCCGGGUGGAGUUCCUCGUCGUUCCCACGGCUGUUCUGGCGUUCCUGGUCAACCAUGACUUCACCCCUCUGGAGAUCCUCUGGACUUUCUCCAUCUACCUGGAGUCGGUGGCCAUCCUGCCGCAGCUGUUCAUGGUGAGCAAGACAGGCGAGGCAGAGACCAUCACCAGCCACUACCUGUUUGCACUGGGCGUGUACCGCACACUCUAUGUCUUCAACUGGAUCUGGCGCUACCACUUUGAGGGCUUCUUCGACCUCAUCGCCAUCGUUGCUGGCCUGGUCCAGACAGUCCUCUACUGCGAUUUCUUCUACCUCUACAUCACCAAAGUCCUGAAGGGGAAGAAGCUGAGCUUACCGGCAUAGCCCUGGCCUCCCCAGCCUUCGCCGAGGCAGGUCAGGAGGAAGAGGAAAGCUGCAGAAGACCAAGCGCCUUCCCACCCAGAGCUGACUUUUUUAAAGAGCUCGCCUCGCCCAGCUCCCCACCCCUGCAGCUGGGUUUGGGGGUCAGUGGAAGAUCCCUACCCUGGGCAGCUCAGGACCUGAGCUGUGUGUAGCCUUUUGCCUUUUAGAGAAGAAAAACAAAAAACAAAUCUUUCCACUAUUUAGUUUUUGAUUCUGACAACCUUUUUCUCUUCCACCCUGGCCCUGAUUUUUUAUAAACUGUGUUUUGAGUGUUCUCUGGACCAGGGCCAGCGGAGGUCUACUCCCUUCUCUGAGCCACUUGUCUCCCUCCAAGAUCUCACCCCAGCCCCAUGGUUGCCAAACACUACACCUGCCAAUGCCUGCCUGCCCACUGUGGCUGUGACCACAAGUUCCUGGAUUGGUGGUAAGGAAGAAAGUUAAGGAGCACCCCCCUAAGUUUUCAUAUUCCUUUUCCAGAAUUUGUUAGCUUUUUGUGUGUGGGGGGGUUGUCCUGUUUUGUUUUGUUUUCUUUUUUUUUUUUUUUUGGUCAGAUUAGGGGGAGCUUUGGGCUUAGGCAAGGGAAGGGGGCUAGCUGGCCUACGGGUCACCACACUCUUAAUACCACGUUUUUGUACAGAAUUUGAUGGCCGAUUCUUUGUUCUCUUGAAAUAAACUGAGGAAAACUGUC